UAAAUUUUUGCUUGUUUUAAGCACACAUUUACUUGAAGUUUAUAUUUUUGGUCUAAACCUAUACUUAUUUUGCUAGGUCAUUUAGAAAAUCAAGAAAAUACAUCUUUAGUGUUUUUUUUUGUUUUUUUAUAUAUUUUUACUGAAAACAAUACAAAAAUACCAAGUCAUUUUUGUCAGUGUGACUCCAUUAAAUGUUCUUGUGAUAAAGAAUGUGUGUGUGUGUGUGUGUGUGUGUGCGUGUGAUGUAGAUUAAACAUGAACGGGCCAAAACGGACAUGGCAGCAGGUCAAAAUCAAAUACAAGAACAUUCUGCAGAAUGGUAUGGUCCCUGACUAAUAUUUAACAAAGCACAAGCAUAUAUUGUACCCAGAAGGUGCCUGCUCACACAUUGUCUGUACUGUUUUAGCAGUGAAAAAGAAUACCCACAGACAAGGCACGGGUGGUGGGUCACCAAAGGCUGACCUUACCCCAGCAGAGGACAUGGCCUUGGAGCUAAAUAAAGGCAGGCCCGUCUUAGAGGGGAUCCCUGGGGGGAAAGAGACGAGCAUAGGUUCCUCCCAAGAUGCCACCCGCUUCAUUCAAGUGUCUGGAAGCACUGUGUUCCUGUUAGAGCCACCAGCACAAGCACCAGACGAUGCUGAUCCAGGUGAAAGCCCCAGUGCAGCAGCAACAGCACAUGAUGGAGACGAUGAUGAGGAGGAGACCAUCUCUGUGGAUUCCAGAAGGCAUGAGGACCCAGAUGCUAUACAGUGGGAAAACCAGCCUGGCAACAUACUCCAAGAAGAUGACACAGCUCAAAAUAAAAAUUAGGUAUAUUCUCGUAAAGUCAAGUGAGCCAUGACAUAUGAGCUCUUAUUGUGAGCACACAGGACGGUGGCAUCUUUCUAAGGUAUAUUUUAUUUUCACAGCAAUCAGUACAACCAAGUCAUCGUUAUAAGGCACCGGCCUCUUUUGCCCACCCCCCCAGCACCAGGUGUGGCCACUAGCCUAUAUGAAGGCCCAAAAUUGUGUGUUCCUUUCUGCUCUGACAAUGGCAUGCCCAUUCUUGCGAGAUGUGGUGGAUGAAGAAGCACUUGUGCUGAGGAGAGCCUUCAGGCGAGAAAGGGUCUUCAGGGACCGGUUGGACCCACUGGCCUUCCCUGAUGACCAUCUAUAUGAAAGAUACAGGUUUUCUGCAGAUGGCAUCAGGUAUCUAUGCAGACUACUGGGUCCCAGGAUUAAGCACCGCACUGCACGGAGCCAUGCACUGAGUGUGGAGCAAAUGGUUUGUGUGGCCUUGCGCUUUUUUGCUAGUGGAGCCUUCCUGUACUCAGUGGGGGAUGCAGAACAGCUGAACAAGGCCACAAUUUGCCGCACAAUAAGGAGUGUGUGUCUGGCUAUCAAAGCAUUAGCAGAUGUCUUCAUCUCCUUCCCUGGCCACAGAAGACUCUGUGACAUGAAAGAGGAGUUCUAUAGGAUUGCAGGUUUCCCCAAUGUCAUUGGUGCAGUGGACUGCACACACAUAAGGAUAAAAGCCCCUCAGGUGCAUGAGGCCGAUUUUGUGAAUAGGAAAUCCUUUCACAGCAUUAAUGUUCAGAUGGUCUGCAAUGCUGACUGUGUGAUCAGCAAUGUUGUGGCAAAAUGGCCUGGCUCAGUCCAUGACUCCAGAAUCUUUCGGGCCUCUGAAAUCUAUCAGUGCCUAUCACAAGGUGAAUUCUCUGGUGUGUUGCUGGGAGACAGGGGGUAUGGCUGCCAGCCUUUUCUCCUGACACCUUUCACAGACCCCCAGGAAGCACAGCAGGCCUACAACCAUGCCCAUGCCAGGACCAGGGCCAGAGUUGAAAUGACCUUUGGCCUCCUGAAGGCACGCUUUCACUGCCUUCACAAAUUAAGGGUCAACCCUGUUAGGGCAUGUGAUAUUACUGUGGCUUGUGCUGUCCUCCACAAUGUGGCCUGCCUGAGGAAGGAGAGGGCCCCCAGAGUGCCACCAGCCAUGGACUGGGACAAUCCGGCAAUCUUCCCUGAUGACGACAGUGGUCGGCUGCUGAGGGACCAAUAUGUGUUGAAUUAUUUUAGUUAGUAUGUGUGCUUUCAAUUUAGGUAAGAAAUGUCCUGCUGUGGCAGAGGAAAUAGGGUUUUUUUGGGUUGGUUUUUUUACGAAUUUGGCCUCUUAUGAUGUUUGUGCGGUAUACUGUGUGUAAUACAAGGCUGCAGGGAGGCUACUGCAUCCAUUCAUUUGUCUGUUCAGUUGAUGUGUAUGGAUUUGUCCUGCAUUUAUUUUAGUGUGCAGACAUGCAGGGUGUGUUAUAUACAGACCUUUGAAUGUGUAUGUAUCAUUUUGUAUAAUAUGCUUUGAUUCUGUGCUUUCCAUCUUGUAGAGUCACUGUGACUUCAGUUUCGAAAGGAGCUGAUAGUUUACCUGCUUUGUUUUGUCCUUAUUCAAUAAAGGAACAUAAUGUUA